GGAGGAGCUUUUCACCAGGUGUCUCAUUAAUUCGUCCAUCUGGGAUUCUGGAAGAAGAGGAGGAGAUGGAUGGUUGGAUGGAUAUGGGGUGCGCUUUGAACGCAAUCGAUAGAACGCGACGUUUUCUGCGAGACGCAAGCGUCGCACGAUCGAUCGGUGCGCAGUUGGCGUCGCGACGCCGCUCGAUUCGCGUCGCGGCCACCCCCUCGUGUGUAUGUGUGUAGACGCCGCCAAAACACGCGAAGGGAGGAACGGAUGACGACGACGACUACGAAGGAAGAAUAAAACAAAAAGGGGCAUGAAAGAGAAUCAUCGCCAAUAGUCAACAUCAUCGUGUGCAGUGCAUAAGGAAUAGCAAGUGCAUCCAUUUCUGCAAGAUGGGUUGUUUGGGAGAUUGCUGGGAGAUUGGUCCGCCGCCGGAUAGCAUCUUGUUUCUGCCGCCGCCGCCGGUUCCUGCCUUCCUGCAGAACUCUCUGCCCGAUCUUCUGGUCAGCAAUACGACGUGCGUCUCGCCGCAGCUCUGCGAGGCCUGGCGCGAAACCGUCGGAGACAUGGUCGGCGUCGGCGGAGCUGGAGGAGAUUUCAUCGAACUGCCGAGAAAAGACGUGGAAUCUUGGUCUGUUUCGAAUAUUGAUGAUACUUGGCUUCUAGUUCUUGUAGCUUCCUCCAUUGGCGUCCUUCUGCUCGGAGCCCUGCUGGCCAUGUUCCUGCUGAAGUGUAGAGAGAUGAAUAUGUUCGGGAACAACGAAUGUUCUAUGCACGGAAGCCGCAACGAACGUCAAAUGAAGAAUCAUCAUCAGCAGCACGCGGAACGAGAUCGAGAGUGCUCAUCGGUGACGAACCUCAACGGCGGAGGUGGAGGAAACAACAAGCUUAUCCAUCCCGUAGACUCUGUACUGUACCAUGGAUCUGCGAGCGUCCAUCCCGACAACAGGAUGGUGUGGGCUGCGUUGACUCCACGCGGCACCCAACACUUCAUCUCGGAGAACUAUCCUGCCGACCAUCUGAUGGGAACCGGUGACUACGUCGAGACGGAUGACCACUACGAGACCAUCGACAAUCUGCAAAUCCAACCGGUUUACGCGUACAGCACCUACCAAAAAGGUUUGAGGCUGACCGCUACGGCUGCUGCCGCUGGACGUAGAGAAGAUGAUUACGAGUACGAGGAUCCGACGCCCCUCAUCGAGAGCUACCAGAUGAACGACAUGGUCGAUGGAGGUGGACAUCAACUGCAACAGCAGCAGCAGCAGCAUCUUCCUCAUCAUCACCAGCAGUAUUCGAUGUUAGGUAAUACGGACAUGAGGUGCGCUGCGACCUUCGGGGGCGGCGGAUCGAUGAGGCGGGCGGCGGCUGGGGCCGUUCCCAUCGCAACCACUUAUAGACCGCGCGUCUCCUCCCCGACCCGCAUCGAGCACCCCAAUCUGCCGCCACUCAAUCUGUAUCCGCACCAAGGCACCCUCAACAAGUCGUCGAACGCCGCCGCCGCCGCAGCAGCAGCAGCCGCCCAUCAUCAUCCGAACCAUCACAACCACCAUAACCAUCACAACAGUCACCAACAACAACAUCAUCACCAUCACAGCAACAGCACGCUCAUUGGUUACAGGAACGGCGGUGACACCCUACCCAAAUACGCGUGCUAAAUUCAAUCCGAGACAACAAUAACGUAAUUAGCUGCAGCAAAAAAUAGUUAGACUAGCAUAUUAGUAUAUGUAUACAAGAAGUAGAAGAAAUGAUCAAUCCAGAACACAGUCACACCCUUUUCUCUCCUCCACAUUUGCAAUUUGCAAUUACGUUACUGCUACCUUAUUUUAAGUAUUUAUUGAUUUGCAAUAUUCAUUAACCCUCAACCCUGCAAUGCACAUUUAAAGUAUAACUUAAUUGUAUUGCGCUACGUACUCAACGAAAACAUCUUUUUUUUAUACAUA